CCAAGCAGCCUCCAUGUCUCCAGUGUCUUUUUCUCCACUUGGAGCCGAACCCAGAAGGACAUUUCUUUCAUCAGGCAGAAGAGCAUCUUGAUAUAACCUUCACAAUUUUGUUGGGAGCGGUUGUUAUUGCAUGAUGCAUGAGAACAUUAAAAUGCCACAUUAUAGUGGACAGGAAGUCCUAUUUCAAGAACAUAGCACGUUUUUUGCAUGCAGGCGAUCCAAAGUCAAAUGUUUGCCAACUAGGAAGAAAAGAAUAACCCGACAAGAAAUUCUAGAGCUGUUACCGAUCAGGUUGAAAAUACUCGAUCAUAAGCAACCCACUAUGAACAGUAUAACAGCAUCUCUCCUAAUUCUAAUUCAGAUUUAAUUUGGCUUCCAAGUAACAGCACUGGGGGCCGACAGUAAGAACGUUAACUUUAUGCACUGCUGUUUGUACAUAAAGGCAAUAGAUGCCGAUUAAACAACCAGCUCCUCUGCUGUUUUCCCUUUCAUUAACGCCAAAGCUCGGCUGCCCGAUGGCCGAGGUGUUUCUCAGCCGCUCAGCAUCUCUAGCUCAACGCCCCCGCGGCCAGGAUGGGCCUUCGGCAGUCUUCGUGGCUCCACCCCAGCAGCCAGGCACAAGGCCCAACGACCCUCGCCUCCCGCUCGGCUCCUCCUCGCUUAGGCCCAGCCACCUAACUGGCGCCGCCUUCCUCCCUCUCGGAAGCCUCUCCCAGUCUUCCGCUUCGUCCGGCGUUGGGGAUCGAAGUGGCGCCCUCGCCGUUCUUGCGGUGCCGCCCCCCUUUCCGAGCCUCAGAGCGGCUGAGUACGCGUCGUCGAGCUUCGGCGGAACUGCUGGUCGCCGCUGGGAUUGGCGCUCCCCAGCAAGGCCCCGGCUUCAGCUGACGGCCGGGGUCGCGGGAGAAUGCGGCGGCUGGCGCGGGUGGUGCUGCUGUGCCUGGGCUGCGGUUUGUGCUCGCUGCUGUACGCCUUCAGCCAACUGGCUCUGUCUCUGGAACAGGAGGCGCCCCGGCGCCAGGGGGACUCCGCCUUCCCAGUCCGGAGGCAACUGAGUGGCGGCAACCCACGUUUGGAAGCCGUGGCGGGAAGUGGAGGCCGCAACGGGAGAGACCGUCGGUCGGGGCCAGAGAGGUGUAAGAAUAUUUCUGUAUCUUACUGGAAUUCCUAUUGGAUGCUGCCUUCUGAUGUUUGUGGAAAGAACUGCUUUUGGGAAGCUGCCCAUAGAUAUGAUUUUCCAAGGCCUCCGCUUCCUGAAAGGAUGCAUUUGGCAGUGGUAGCCUGUGGGGAAAGAUUGGAAGAAACUGUUACUAUGUUGAAAUCAGCUGUUAUUUUCAGCAUCAAAAAUCUUCAGUGUCAUAUUUUUGCUGAGGAAUCAUUACAUAGUGACUUCAGAGAAAUACUUGAUAAUUUGACACAUAAUGAAAACUUUAAUUAUACUCUGUAUCCUAUCUCAUUUCCAACUGAGAAUGCAGCAGAAUGGAAGAAAUUGUUCAAGCCAUGUGCUUCUCAAAGACUUUUUCUACCAUUAAUCCUCAGUAAUGUGGACUCUCUACUAUAUGUUGACACAGACAUCUUGUUCUUAAGUCCUGUUGAUGAAAUCUGGUCUUUCCUGAAAAAAUUCAACUCUACUCAGAUUGCUGCUAUGGCACCAGAGCAUGAAGAACCUCGUAUUGGGUGGUAUAAUCGCUUUGCUAGGCACCCUUAUUAUGGAAAAACUGGAAUCAAUUCUGGAGUAAUGUUAAUGAACAUGACCCGCAUUAGGAGAAAAUAUUUCAAGAAUGAUAUGACAUCAGUACGAUUACGUUGGGAAGAAAUUCUCAUGCCACUGCUGAAAAAAUACAAGUUGAAUAUAACAUGGGGUGAUCAGGAUCUUUUGAACAUUAUGUUUUUUCAUAAUCCUGAAAGCCUUUUUGUUUUCCCUUGCCAAUGGAACUAUCGGCCCGACCAUUGUAUUUAUGGGAGCAAUUGCCAAGAGGCAGAAAAGGAAGGAAUAUUCAUUCUUCAUGGAAAUAGAGGAGUUUACCAUGAUGAUAAGCAGCCAACGUUUCGUGCUGUUUAUUAUGCAAUUAAAAAUUAUUCGUUUGAAGAUGACCUUCUACAUGCAUUGCUUCUACCUCUUGAACAUGAAUUACAAAAGACACAACAUACCUACUGUGGAAGAAUAUACAAAGUGUUCAUAAAACAACUCACAAAAAGUAUAAGGGACCUAAGUAAUAGAAGAACUAAGGAAAGUCAGCAUAUCCAUAUUGGAGAACAUCGGGUACUAAUAUGCAACAACAUACAUCUAAGGUAUGAUAUAUUCAUUCGUAGUUACACAAUGGAUCCCUUUUCCAUAUGCUUAUCCAAGCUUUAGUGUACUUGAAGCUGGGCCAGCAGUUGUCGAAAGUAAAUGCAAUUCAACUUUGAAGUCAGAAAUGGCAGAGUCUUGGCUUUGGCAGAAUUUAUUUUUACCAACUAAAACUUUACAGUGCAUCACAGGUAUUGUAUGCAAUGUUGCUCAAAGAAGAGUGAAAAUACUAAUACAAGGACUUUGCUAUACAAGGACUACUGUAUUCUUUCCUUCUCAGAAAUAAAAUCACUUUAACAGUUCCAUAUCAUAGCCCUUAUAAAUAAUCAUUGUGUAAUAAUAAGCAACUAACCUUACUGUAUACAGAUAUCAUUCUAUUGCAUAGCAAGCACAACUGACAAAUUUUAUCUGAUUAUAGAAACUGAAGAAAUCUCUUGGCUUAGAAAAAAUAACAGCAGUAAAACAUUUUUUUUGCAUUGAAUAUUAUGCUAAACGUGCAAAAUGUGAUUAUAUAAAUACUUGGGCUAUAUUUUGAAUAUAAGAUUGAUAAAUAG